AUGGGGACUUGGAAGAGGGCUAACGCCCUGUCUAUUUCGUCCGACUCUGAUUCGGACUCAGUGGAGGUUUCUGACACAUCCGAUUUGAUCGACCCUGUUUACUGCGACGACUCAUCUCCUGAACGCAGUGUGACUGUGGCGCCAGCUAUCGAAGCUGAGCGGGAGGUGGAUGACUCCACUAUUUUAGGCCCUCAAGGGAAACCCCUUUUAGACCCAUAUGCCCAGCAUAACCCUUGUUCAGCUGAAUGGUACCCCACUGACCAUGUGGCUAAAUACAUUUCAACUAGAGUUAGAAAACCCCUAGAUAAGGCCAUGAGAAAUAAAUUUAGAGCGGAGUGCCCACAUCCUGACAUG